AUGUUGUUGGUGCUGUUCACUCGGUGGAUGUGGAUCUUGCUGGGGAAGAGCAGUGUCCUCUUGCUUCUGGAGGUCUCUCUGAAAGGGAGAGCUCUACCUCCAAUCCGGUAUUCCCACGCUGGGAUAUGCCCCAAUGACAUGAACCCCAACCUGUGGGUAGACGCGCAGAGCACUUGCAAGAGAGAGUGCGAAGCUGAUCUGGAGUGCGAGACCUUUGAGAAGUGCUGCCCCAAUGUCUGUGGAACAAAGAGUUGUGUGGCGGCUCGGUACAUGGAUGUCAAGGGGAAAAAAGGGCCGGUGGGAAUGCCCAAAGAGGCAACCUGCGACCGUUUCAUGUGCAUCCAGCAAGGCUCAGAGUGUGAUAUCUGGGACGGGCAACCUGUCUGCAAGUGCAAGGACAGGUGCGAGAAGGAGCCGAGCUUCACCUGUGCCUCUGACGGGCUCACCUACUACAACAAGUGCUACAUGGAUGCGGAAGCGUGCAUCAAAGGCAUUACACUGAACGUAGUCACCUGUAGGUACCAUCUUACCUGGCCAAACACCAGCCCUAUCCCACCAGAAACAACAGCUCGCCCUACUACUGCCUAUUCUGAGACAACGGUCAUCGAUAUCUUGCCGCCUGCUCUAGUGAACAACCCUGUCCAUCAGUCCGUCUACGUGGGAGAGACCGUCAGCUUCCUCUGUGAUGUUACAGGGAGACCCAAGCCAGAAAUCACGUGGGAGAAGCAGGUCGAUGGGAAAGACAAAGUCAUUAUGAAGCCAAAUCAUGUCAGAGGGAAUGUCGUGGUCACCAACAUCGCCCAGCUGGUCAUCUACAACACCCAGCUCCAAGAUGCAGGCAUCUAUACCUGCACCGCUAAAAACAGCGGGGGCCUUCUCAGGGCUGAUUUCCCUUUGUCAGUCAUCAAAGGAGAACCCACAUCCAAAGAAGCUUCCCAAAACAAAACACAUUUUCCAACCGAUGAGUGCCUGAAGCAACCAGACAGCGAAGACUGUGGGGAAGAGCAGACCAGGUGGUACUAUGAUGCAAAGAAAAACAACUGCUUUACUUUCAUCUACGGGAACUGUAACAGCAACCUCAACCACUUUGAGACCUACGAGAACUGUAUGUUAACGUGCAUGAACGGCCCAAUCAACAUUUGCAAUCUGCCAGCCCUCCAAGGCCACUGCAAGGCCUAUGAGCCCAGGUGGGCCUAUAACAGCUUGACAAAGCAGUGCCAGUCCUUCAUUUAUGGCGGGUGUGGAGGCAACGAGAACAACUUUGAGAGCCGGGAGGCCUGCGAAGAGAUGUGCCCUUUCCCGAAGAACACGCACUGCAAAGCUUGCAAACCACGCCAGAAGCUGGUGACAAGCUUCUGCAAAAGCGACUUUGUUAUCCUGGGCCGUAUAACAGAGCUGACCGAAGACCAAGACUCGGGACAUGCCCUGGUGACAGUGGAGGAGAUUCUCAAAGAUGAAAAAAUGGGAUUAAAAUUCCUGGGGAAGGAACCACUAGAAAUCACGCUUUUGAACAUGGACUGGAGCUGCCCGUGUCCCAACAUGACCACAGUGGAUGGCCAGCUCAUCAUCAUGGGAGAUGUCCACAACGGCAUGGCUGUUCUACAGCCAGACAGCUUUGUGGGCACCUCCAGCAUCCGGCGCGUGCGGAAACUCCGCGAAGUCAUCCACAAGAAAACCUGUGAGCUUUUGAAAGAGUUCCUAGGAUUGCAUUAA